AUGUAUGUUCGAGGCUUCUUCCUGAGCGUCACAUGGUCCCUGCUGUGGCUGGCUGCUCCUGUCUCGGCUGGGUUGUACCCUGAAGAUGCUGUUGACCGUCUCGCCGCGAUAGGCCUGGACAAUCUUGAACAUUAUGUCAACAACCAAUCAUCCACCAGAAAGUGCACCCUCGAGACAGCUGUGAAGCGUCGUGAAUGGAGCGAUCUCAGCGUCCCCGAGCGAGAAGAUUACACCAAGGCUGUCCUCUGCCUGCAGUCACUGCCAUCCAGACAUGACAGUGCUAAAGUCCCAGGAGCUAAGAGCAGGUUUGAUGACUUUGUCGCAGUGCACAUCGCAUUGACCCCUUCGGUCCACGGAACUGCGAACUUCCUGGGGUGGCACCGGGUCUAUAUGUGGUUGUACGAGAAUGCUUUACGAGACGAGUGUGGGUACAAGGGCUACCAACCUUACAACAACUGGGCCCGGUACGCGGCCGACCCCGCUCACUCUCCCAUAUUCAAUGGCAACGCAUCGAGCAUGUCUGGAAACGGGCUCAAAUUUACAUACGAUGGUGUCUUUGCUGGCGCCGGCCGCAUACCCCCAGAUGAGGGUGGUGGCUGUGUGACUGAAGGGCCGUUUCGGAAUAUGUCCGUGAAUCUAGGACCUAUUGCUCCUGGCUCACCUUCACUUAAAGUACCAGCCAAUCCCCAACGUGACGGCCUCGGUCACAACCCCAGAUGUCUCCGACGCGAUAUCAACAGAUAUAGUGCCGCACACACCUCGGCCAACUAUACUGAAGCACUCAUAACAAACAGCAGCGACGUAGGAACGUUUCAAGACAGAAUGCAGGGCGCCGGCCUGAGGGAUACAUUGGGUAUACACAUAGGAGGUCACUACACUAUUGGCGGAGACCCUGGAGGUGACUUCUUUGUGUCUCCUGGAGACCCAGCCUUCUACUUGCAUCACAGCAUGAUCGAUCGCGUCUGGUGGAUCUGGCAGAACCAGAAACUACCAUCGAGGCUGAGCGAAAUCACGGGCGGCACUACAAUGGGCGGCUUCCCACCUAGCAAGAACGGGACUCUGGAGGACGACAUAGAGUACGGUGUGCUGGGUGACAAGCUUAAGCUUAAGGAUGCACUCGAUACCAUGGCAGGACCUUUUUGUUAUAUCUAUGUCUAG